AUGGGUCGCAAGAUUAUCAAGAAGCAGCUGAAGGAGGUGCUAGUUCAGCGGAAGGUCGUGCAAGCGCCCAAAUCCAAGCCCGUCACCAAGCGCAAGGCCAAGAAGCAGGCCGUCGACCUCCCCAAGGACCCCCAGGCAGCGGCUGAUGCGCUGGAGGCUGGCCUCAAAUAUUACAAGCGGACAUCCGGCCCCUCCAGCAAGACCGCCGACCUCAUUUCUCAGUUGGCCGAGGCGCUGCAACAAGCCACGGGCGCCCCCCCUGCCGGCCACGGGGCGUCGGUCAGCGUGCGAGGCGUGGCAUUCCACCCCCCAGGCGCGGCCCGGCCGCUGCUGACGGGCGUCAGCCUGGACCUGCCCGCCGACAGCCUGAGCGUGCUUUCCGGGCCCAGCGGGGCGGGGAAGACCACGCUGCUCCACGUGCUGGCGGGCCUGUCGGAGGCCACGGCCGGCACCAUCCUGCUGGGCGGGGCCGCCGCCCCUCGGCCGGCCAGCCCCGCGCCCGCCGCCGCCCCUGCCCGCCUGCGUGCCAGCGGCGUGGUCUUCCAGUUCCCGGAGCGCCACUUCCUGGGCAGCACACUGGUGGAGGAGCUGACCCUGGGCUGGCCGGAGACGGGGCCGGGACGCACCCGGCUGGCCCAGCGCGCACAGCAGGUGCUCGCCGCCGUGGGCCUAUCGAGCACCCCACUCCAGGCCAGGCUGUCCAGCCUCAGCGACGGGUACAAGAGGAGGGUGGCGCUGGCUGUACAGCUGAUACAGCAGCCCCGGCUCCUGCUCCUCGAUGAGCCACUGGCGGGUCUGGACUGGAUGGCCCGUCGAGAUCUGCUGACCCUCCUUCAGAAACUAAAGGGGCAGUGCACCAUGCUGGUGGUGAGCCACGAGAUCGCGGAGCUGACUCCAUUGGCUGACGCGGUGUGGAGGCUGGCAGACGGUGGACGAGGCGCGUACCGGCUGGAUCAGUCGGCCAUUACGGCGCUGAAACUCACCUCAGGAGCCGAUCAACCCUGA